UGGAAAGCCCUAACAUUGCAGGGGUGUUCAUGGUCAGCAAAAUACGUAACUAACAAAGAAAGUUUGUUCUCCGCCGUGCUGCUGUCCACGAUCUCCACCGCGCCGUGAUCGCCGUUUCUGUGGCGUUCAUCACUUUCGAGAUUAAACUAAGAACUAGGAAAUUGGUUGUAACAUUACAUUAGAGACUAAUCGUGUUCAUUCAUACGAAGAAAAACAGCAGCAGCAAUUCAGUCGGCGGAACCAUGGCGGCGCCUGAAACCCCUCUCAAUUACGUCGGUGUUGCCAGGCAAUCCGUAGCUUUCCGUCUCAUCAAACAAAUGGGAUGGGAAGAAGGGGAAGGACUUGGAAAAGAUAAGCAAGGUAUCAAAGGACAUGUUCGUGUCUCCAACAAACAAGACACUGCUGGUAUUGGAUUAGAGAAGCCAAACCAAUGGGCAUUUGAUACCACACAAUUUGAUAACAUACUCAAGAGAUUGAAAGUUCAAGCGCCGGCAUCCAAUGACACAGAGAGUAACACGGAUAAGGUGGAAACCGAUGCAACUGUUCCUGUUGUUCCUAAAGUUUCUGUAUCCAGACCUACUAGACCACAAGGAAGAUACCAGAAAAGAGAGAGGGGGAAGCUUGUUUCUAAAUAUUCCUUGAAGGACCUUGAAGGAAUUCUUGUUAAAAAGGGUGACAUCUCUGAGGGUACUGACAAAUCUGAAGAUGAACUGGAUUUUGUAAACACAUCUGUAGCUCAAGAUUUUGAAAUUGAAGGAAGUAAAUGUCCUGAUAUCCAUCCAGAUUGGUGGGGCAAUAAGUAUGGAUUUGUCUCUGGUGGAUUUCUCGGUGCUGCAUCAAAGAAGAAAAAGUCCUCUACAUCUGAAAUUGCUAAAAGUGGGAUGGCGAGAACUCCUUUUUUUGAACAAGAUCAAGAAGACCUUUACAAUUUAGUCCAAGAUAAAUCCACAACAGGAAAGCAAGGAUUGGGCAUCAAGGACAGGCCCAAGAAAGUGGCUGGAUGCUUUGCUCAGGGUAAAAAGACGUCAUUUGUUAAUAGUGAUGAUGAAGAUUCUGCUGACAUGGAUUCUGUGGAAAACGAAACAGAUGAUGAGGUGGAAAAGAUUGUUGCACCUAAAAUGAAGCUGAAGAAGCUGUGUAAGAAGAUUUUAAACCAGGUGCCUGGAAAGUCAUUGAAACUGAAACAGCUCAAAGAUCUUAUUGAACAACAUUCAUCUUCAAUUCUGUCCGAUUUUUCUUCAAAAAGAGAGGCUGUUGCUUACUUGAAGAAAAAGCUGACAGGUAGUAGGAAGUUUUGUAUUGAAGGGAAAACAGUGCGAUUGGCAUCUAAUAGAAGUUGAAAUUUUGAUACAUUUUUGGCGGCUUUUCUAUAUUCAUUUCAUUCCGGGGGAGAAAAAAAUGGUUGAGGGCUGUUUGGAAUUUGUGAUACCCCGUUCGAAGUGUAGAUUGCAUUGAUUGGAGUUAGUAUAGAUAUAUUUCAUUUCAUUGCUUAGAUUUCUCAAAAAAUGUUGUAAUAAUAUUAUUAUGGUUACAAAUUUACAAUAGCAUUUUUAUUGUAAGUUUAAAUUUUGCCAAGUGUGUAUCCACUGGAUUAGAUAUUGGAAUUAUCUCUUUGUGCUUUUAUACA